AGGUUACCAAAAACGACCAUUUUGCUCCAUCAGAAACGACGAGACCAGUUGCGAAGAGUAGGAAAACAAUAGGGACAUAAACGGGAAAUGCUAAAAAAAAAAAGAAAAAAAAGAAAAGGAAGAAGGAUUUGUUAUUUUGUUCAGAAACUCAUAUCAUCUAUCUACGGAGCGGCGCGAUGGAGAAAGCAACCGCAGGGGAGGAAGAAUUUGCAGAAAUGAUUUGUUAUUACCUGGAGGAUGUAAGUUUCGGAUUGGAGAUUGGGCCCGAGGGUCACUAUGUCCCUGCAUUAAGUGGCGAUGAGUAUAAAGGAACUACUAGUCCUCGCACAAUGGACCAAGAGUAUGACCUCAUGGCUAAACAAGUCACCGAGACUCAGGGAUUCGACAUGGAUUUCAGUCAGUUCCGCUACGAUUUUAAUUACAGACCCGUUGAUUUCGAUGAUAACAGUUUGGUCAUAGACGGAGAAACCAUGAGAGAUUUAUUGAACAGGCUUUCUCGUAAAUCCCUUGAGCAAUUCAAUCAGGACAAGGAAACAAAAUAUGAAUUUGUGGAGGUUAUCAAAGCCAACUAUCACAUGGCUGGUGCUGGCAUCAUGUUUUUCAUUACCUUUCUAGCUAAAGAAGUUUUUUCUUCUUCUGGUCAUGUAUUUCAAGCUAAAUCUCACUAUUCCUAUUUUUCCCCAAAUAAGUACAUCACCUGCGAUCUUCAAGCACCACCGGAGCAAAAAGUUCAUCCCAUUGAUUCUACUGAGAAAGAAUUUGCCAAGAAACCAAGUUAUUUUCAAAAAAAUCCGGACAGUUUCACUUCACAAAGCUUACAUCAUCAUCAUCUCAAAUGAAGUUUGGCCCUAGAAAGUUUUCGCCCCCGACAUCGAUUGCGUCUUCACCGUGAGGCCUCUAUCACUUGCUUGCACCAAAUUGCAGCAUUUUAGGAUGAUAACCGGAAAAAAAAAAUGGAAGAAUUUGUGAUCUCCACCUCAGGAUUGUCUUAAAAGAGAGUAUUCUUGUCAUCAUCUAAAUUAUCGUAUUCUGCUCUAAACCAACCUAACCAUUUUAACCAUUCACCCAAAGAAAAUUUUCACCGCAUAA